AUGGGAAAGUCUGGAGGUGAUAAAGGUCAAGGAAAGGGAAGGCAGCACCGAGGAAAGAGGAAGAUUCUGAGCGAAAUCGAUCUGAACACCAUCAAGCCGUCUACCCGGUAUUUGGGUAGUCGAGUUAAUGUUAAUGCAACCCUAGUUCCUUCUCGUGAAACCAGAAGACAGACAAUUUAUGUUGUUAUGACCUUUUCACAUACCUAUGAUUCUUUGCUCAAAGCAGACGAAAGUUCUUGCACAAGGUGUCUUCGAAGUUCACCUCUGGGUGCACUGCUCCUUAUGAUUCUCGUCUUUCUUGGAGCAACAGCUUUCGGAGUUGGAACGAUCUUUGGACGUAAACGUCUUUAUGAAUUACUGGAAGUCGAUCACUUGUAA